GGGGCAGCUGCAAUUCAGCUCCGAGGAGCAGAGGAACAUGCAGCAGCAUCCCUGCAAGGGGCUGGUGGGAAACCACACUUGCCCAGCAUGUGUGACAUCAACGUCUCGGGGUUUGUGUGCUGGGAAAGGCCUUGGCAAUGUGCUUAUUUCAUGGCAGCCACGCAAGGGAACUUCCUGUGGCCAAACCGUGGCAGGGCUGCAGGUGCUGCCCCGCGUCCCUGCUUGUCCCGUUGGCACAGCAGUGUGCUCAGCAUCACUUCCAGCCCUCCCUUUGCUAUGUUCACCCCAACCCACUGCAGCCAAAGGGAGCUGCUGCUGCUGCCUUGGUCCUCUCCAGAACCAAACCCGCCAAGCACCGCUUGCCUGUGUCAGCCCUCCGGCAUUCCCCUGCAUGAAUGUGAAUGGUGAGAGCCACGGCUCCCUGCCCACCAGCACAGCCACAGGGCAGGGAGCCCCUCAACACUACACCCACCGCAGGCAGUGGGGGCUCACUGCUGCCCUGUGUUUCCAGGAGCUUUGGUGUCCCCCCCCCCACCCAAACCCACGCUUCUCCUUCACAGCUGACUCCCAGCUCGGGAUUUGAACUUUGGGUGUAUAUGUGGAUGUCUAUAUAUUCAGGUACUGUGUAUAUUUUAGGUAUAUAUAAGGAGCAUAUCUGGCUAUAAAUGUGGUUUGUCAGUAUGUAUUUCCUCUGUACACAUACGUCGCUGGAUGGGUUCACUUGGUGGAUUCAUUGUGAGGUUUCCGUGCUGCUAAGACACUUUAAAAAGGAAAAAACAAAACAAAACAUGAGUAUUGCAAUGGAAAUGAAGCUGCUUUGGCAUCCUCACCUUGCUCCUGGGCGGGAGGAAGGGACGGGGGAGCUUCGGGCAGCAGUUUUAGCCCUGGAUCUGCAUGAUCCCCUCCCUGCCAGAAGGCUUGGAAGGAAGUGGGAAGGCUUCCAGCUGGGAGCUGCAGGCUCAGGCAGGGAACAGAGGUUUGUUUGUACAAGCAUCGGCUCCUAGCUCUGAGCGGAGCAAGGGGGACUUGGAAUAACUCUGGGGCUCCGUGCAGGGUUUUUCUCUCUGCCUUUGGGAAGGCGAGACAUGGGCAGGCUGAGAGUUGGGCAGAGAGGAGGACGCUGCAGAGGGAGGAGGAUGGAAACAAACCCCACAAAGCUUCUCUUCGCCGCCCCACAGUGCCUCUCCAAGAAAAACAGCAGCAACCCGAUCCCUUCCCGUGUGCUCAGCCCAGCCCCGUGUUUGUCCUGGAAGCGAAGCCCCAUGGAUGUGCUGCUGCUGGCUGUGCUGCUGCUGGGUGUGCUGCUGCCCACCUCCCCGUUACCCACCGCCCCACUGCCCCCCACGCCACGCGAGUUGGCCCGCGCCGUGCUGGAGGCCCACGGGCGCGAUGCGGGCAGCGGGCUGAGGCUGCUGAAGCUGCAGGGAGUCACCAGGACGAAGUUUGACUGGGGCACUCACUUCACCAUCAAUCUCACCGCCCGGGAGACCGCCUGCCCCGCCGGCCCCGCUGCGCCACGCGGUGCUGCCUGCAGAGCCCGGCCGGGCCAGCAGGUCCGGCACUGCGUGGCCCAGAUCUCCGUCUUUGCCUUCCUGCCUGACGCGCCGCUGUCGCUGCUGGAGUGCGGCCGGCAGACGCCCAGCAGCUCGGGGCAGCCCCGCUCCCGGAGCCGGCACAGCCCUGCAACCCCACAAGCCAUUGGCCUCGGAGAGCCGGCACUGUCCUGAACCCAUCCAUCCUGCAGCAGAGGACGUGCAGACCCCACGCACGGACCCGGUCCCACAGACCCUGGGGCUGAAAUAAAGAUGUUCCAGGGCUG